UGGCGGCACAAACGUAUAUGUACGCGUCUGAUACGCGUGCGUCAAUUUGCGUGCUUGUGCGAUGUAAGCAAAGGAGCCCGUGUCGUAUGUUCGGGAGCGUUUCGUCCGGAUUUUCCGCAACAUCGACAAAUGAGACGCGGUGAGCGACGCGAGAUCGACAAGUGCUUUCCGAGAGCGCGAUCGAACGAUGAAUUACCUAAACAGUAUAGCAGGCGGCACGACGACCAUCGACUCGGGUCUGCAGCUGAACAAUGUCGAGAUUCUCUACACGAAGGUGCAAAGAGUUUAUAUCAAACCGCAGCAUAAGGAAGAGCGCCAGCGAGAUCUCAGAGUCAACGUUGAGAUUCACGCUGGCAUCAGUCCGGUUUGUCGUAAGAGUUUGUGCGUUUUGUUGUCCGAUGAUGAUGAUCCUUGUUUUCUUUAUUCCUUAUUCAUUGCCGAAGAUGACUUCAAAGUGCUGAAAGCACAGCAGGGUCUCCUGGUUGAUUUUGACAACUUUGCUACUCAGUUGAUAUGCUUGCUGGAACAAUGUUACAUUCCAGGUACAAGCCUAUCAAAGACCCCACCAAAGUUUCUUUUGUUAUUGGCGGAAGAAACCGGGGAUUGGAACUUUAAGCUCGUGGAGACAAAUAACUUUAAACAUCUUUGUCACUUGAGCCUGAACAUAUCACCCGCUAGUGAUUCUGAUUUGAAGAUACAUAUGGCAAUGAAGAUUAAACAAUUGAAGGAAAAUAUUUUACAACAGAGUAGAGAUAUGGUUGGUUUAGAAACUAGAUUAAACGAUCUAACAAAUAAACUAGAAACUAAAGCAAAAGAAUUAGAACAUUUGGAGCAAAAAUACCUGACUGAAAAAAGCCAAAUACAAAUUAAUUCCUCACAGCAAAUAAGUAUAGAAAAGGACAGAUUGGCUCAAGCACGUUUAGAAUGGCAACGACAAAAUGAGAAAGAGAAAAUGGAAGUUGAGCAGAGACAUGCUGAAACUGUGAAACAAUUACACACAGAACUUGCUGAAUUACGGACACAAAAUAUAACAUUUAAGGAUAAACAAUCCUUUUUAGAAGCUACAAAUGCAGAGCAAAUAAAACAAUUACAGAAUCUCGAGAAGGAACUUAAUAUCGCCCAACGAGAUUUGUCGCUACUCAAGAAGCAAAACUCGAAAUUAGAUGUAGAUUAUCAUGACAAGGAUAAAGCUGUUAAUAAUUUGCGUACAAAAGUAGCUGUGCUCGAACAGGAACUUAAAGACAAAACAGUGAUCAUUAACAAACAUAUGGAAAUGCUAAAGUCGGGUAAAGAACAAAAACAGCAUUUGGAGGAUCUUUUAACCGAGAAAGAUAGUCAGUUGCAACGUAAACAAAAUUCUUUGAGAGGCUUAAGUGACGAAUUAGUGAAAGCCAAUGAAAUUUUAACUAAAUUACAAAAUGAACUUGCAUCAACCAAAUCCAAAUUGAAAUUAAGAACGAGCAUAGCGCUCGAGCAGGAAAGAUUAUUAGACAGCAAGCAAAAAGAGGUUGGCCAAUUGGAAACUAAAAUGGAGGUUCUUAUUAGGGAUAUCAAAGAUGCAAAGAAUGAAGUAGGCAAUCUAAAAGAGCAAAUUAAAACAUUGCAACAUCAAUUGGAGGAAAAAGAAAAGACGAUAAAAAACAAUGAUAAUGUAAUUAGUUGGUUGAAUCGGAGAUUAGCUGAUAAUCAGUCACCUUUACAAAGCGCUGCUACACCAGCUCCAGUUAUGAUUCCAUCUACCGUUCCACUAACAUUACCUAGGACAAAUAAAUUAUUUCCUAAUCGAUAUGAAACGCGUACACCUGCACCUAGUACGACACAGCCUAAUACGAUAUCGGGAUUGAUGAAAAAUCCGAUCGUGCAAAAUCCGAAUAUUCAUCAGACUACUCGUACGACAGCUCGGUCGAUGGGUGUCGGUGUAACGGAAAAUUCUGUGGGCUUAACAACCUUCAAUAAAAGCCCUUUGAUCUCGAGCACCAGCACACCUAUGGAGCGCUUCAACGCGGUGAAUAAAGCAUCCGGGAAUCCGCCAGCCUCGACUUCAGCACCGGCUAUAAUCGAGAAUAACAAUGGUCCGACAGUGAUCUCGAAUGGUACAAAAACGAAAACCGCGAGCAUCGGUUUGCAGGGCGGAUUAAGGCGAGCAGGUUUGUCCGAUAAACCCAUUUUACCUUCGGCAUAUUUUCCUAAGACGUUGCAUUAAAUGCUUGAAAAAACUGAGGAGUUGAACUCAUAUUUCAGAAUAUUUUAAUCAAAAUGCAGGAAUGACAAAGCUGCAAUAUUGCCAUUGACAAUAUUUCAAGUUUGUCAUCUUGGUGAUAGUACAAAUAAUUGUAAGCAUAAGUAUUAUUUACAUGAUAUUUUUCACGAGAAUUGUAAAAAAUUUUUAAUCCUACAUUGGCAUCUUGUUAUACAUAAAAAUAAUAUAUUUGGCUAGCAUCAUUCUAACUUUUUUGUGUCAAUGUAGGAUUAAUAGCAAUAUAUAAUGUUGUAUGUAUAUAUAUUUUGAUACACAUAACAAUGACAUAUGCAUACAUUCCGAUCUCGCUUACUACAACAUAAAAUGUGUAAAAUGCCAGGUGAAUUCUUUAUUUCUCAUUACAAUUUUUGAUCAAUUCUAUUUACACUUUUUGAUCAAUUCUA